AUGAAGUUGAAUCUUAGUAUCUUAUUUUUAAUUGCCAUGUUCAUCGCCUUGGUCUUUGCUGAAGGACCAGAGGAAGAUAGUGAGGACAUCGAAGUCGAAAAACGGGACGCUAACCCUGAUCCAUACUACAAGAAAUACUACAAGAAAUACUACAAACAUAAAUACUACAAACGUGAGGAAGAUGAAGAAGAACAAAAUGAUCUCGCAAAACGUGACGCCAACCCUGAUGCAUACUACAAGAAACACUACAAUAAAUACUACAAACAUAAAUACUACAAACGUGAUGCUGAUGCUGAUGCAUACUACAAGCAUAAAUACAAUAAAUACUACAAGCAUAAAUACUACAAACGUGAUGCUGAUGCUGAUGCAUACUACAAGCAUAAAUACUACAAUAAAUACUACAAGCACAAAUACUACUAG